UCGCGAGGGCAACAGGCGAGACUACAUUCCCCGGAAGGCUUUGCAGGGACUUAGCGCUGUCGUGGCGUUUGAGGGGUACGGUGGGAAUUCCUGAAACUGCUCCCCCGUUUUCUCCUUCCCGUUGAGUGUGUGAACGGCGGUCUUCAGUGGUUCCCGUGUGUCGCAGGAGAAGGGCUUAUCUCGCCUCUCCUGUGGAGAGUCAGGAUGCGGAGGGCUGGGCUGGGUGAAGGAGCUGCUGGCAGCAAUUAUGGCUAUACCAAUAGUGGCUAUAGUGUAUAUGAAGAAGAAAAUGAAAAGUUAACAGAAAGUUUGCGUUCAAAAGUCACUGCCAUAAAAUCUCUUUCCAUUGAAAUUGGAACAGAAGUUAAACAACAAAAUAAAUUAUUAACUGAAAUGGACAAUGAUUUUGAUUCCACGAGUGGAUUCCUUGGUGCAACAAUGGGCAGACUGAAAAUCCUCUCCAGAGGAAGCCAGACAAAACUGUUAUGCUACAUGAUGUUGUUCUCAUUGUUUGUCUUUUUUGUGAUUUAUUGGGUUAUUAAACUGAGGUGAUGCAGACCUCCAUUAUGAGAUUAUUAACACCAUGAUGGACUCUGAGAAAGUUCUUUGAGAAAAUUGGUAAAUAAUUUUUGUAAACUGCAUUUAGGAUUAAUGCAUUUGGAUCUGUACUGUAUAUUCUUAAAUGCUCAUCAGGCCAGAAGCAUUGCCAUUUUUUAAAAAGCCCUUAUUUUGUAGGGUUCCUGAAGUGAAUUCUGUUCAAGUCUCAGCUCUUUACAAACCAAAAAACCAGUUUACUAAGGAUGAAUCCCAUUGUUAAAACAGGCAUUUUCAUAUUCAGAAGUUACACUUUGUAACAACAGUUGCUUUUUUCCUACUAAUAAAAAGUAACCUUGGUG